ACACAGGAAAGUGGAGCAAUGACCUGAGUGUAAGGGUGUGGUUAAGAGUCAGACAAAUGUCAAGGAGAGAACAUACAGCUUAUCUUGAUGUUGCUGCUGGCUGGGUAGGACCAUAAUUACAGCUCUGCCAGCAGGAUAGGUGCCUGUUUCUUUAAAUACCUUUGUGGGAUUACAGCUAUGUCUACAGCUAUGUCCACAAUUAACCGCACUUCUUCCAAUUGCUACAAGAACCCAGGAUUUGAGGAAGACGCUGACUCUUCAAAGACGAACAGUAGUGCAUUAAGAAACAGAAACUUAGAAAGAAGUAAUUCCCUUCAAUCUGACGAGCAUGAGACAAACAUCAAUAUUGACAGUGAGCCACAUGGAAGUCAACCUGAAUCAGAAGAAAACAAGAAUCUUGGGUGCAAGGGGAAACUUGCAAGGAAAUAUGAUAUGGUCCUUCAAUUUUGCAGGAAACAUAAAACUAGAAUCCGAUACAUGAUUUAUGGAACACUAAUUGCGGCUUAUCUGGCAAUGGUGAUUGCAGCCUGCAUCUUGAAUUUUCACAGAGCCUUGGCGCUCUUCAUCCUUACUGUGCUAGCCAUUUUUUUCAUCUGUUGGGACUUUUUCAUAGCCAGAUAUGAGAGUAGAAUUGCAGAGUUGCUGUCUCCUUUGGGAAGAUUUUUGAAAGCUCAAUGGUUUUGGCUGAAAUGGGUAGUGUGGAUCAUCUUAAUAGUUGCUGUUGUGUGUUGGUUAAUUUUUGAUACUGCCAAGCAAGGAACCAACCAGCUUAUUUCCUUUGGUGGCCUUCUUAUGUACAUUCUCUUGAUGCUGAUCUUCUCCAAGUACCCAACUAAAGUUGUAUGGAGGCCAGUAAUCUGGGGUGUUGCAAUGCAGUUUGUUCUUGGACUUAUAACAUUGAGGACCAAAAUAGGAUUUGAUGCAUUCAACUGGCUUGGUAAUCAAGUGCAGAUUUUCUUGGGAUACACUGAUGCUGGUGCUAAAUUUGUGUUUGGUGAAAAGUAUACCGAUCACUUCUUUGCCUUCAAGGUGCUGCCUAUUAUCAUUUUCUUUAGUACAGUGAUGUCUGUGCUAUACCACGUUGGAUUCAUGCAGUGGCUUAUUAAAAAGGUUGGAUGGAUCAUGCAAAUUACCUUACAGACAAGUCCAGUGGAAUCUUUAGUUGCAGCUGGCAAUAUAUUUGUGGGGAUGUCAGAGUCUCCUCUCAUGGUAAAGCCAUAUCUGCCCUAUGUUACCAAGUCUGAACUCCAUGCUAUCAUGACAGCUGGAUUUGCCACUAUUGCUGGAAGUGUUUUAGGAGCAUAUAUUUCAUUUGGGGUUUCAGCUUCCCAUUUAUUAACUGCUUCCGUGAUGUCCGCACCAGCAGCUUUAGCUGUUGCUAAACUCUUCUGGCCUGAGACUGAAAAACCCCAGAUAAAUGCCCAAGAAGAUACAAAAAUGGAAAAAGGAGAAGCUAGGAACCUGUUGGAAGCUGCCAGCCAAGGUGCCAGUGCUGCCAUCCCACUGGUAGCCAACAUUGCUGUGAAUCUGAUUGCCUUCCUUGCUUUGCUGGCCUUUUUUAAUGCAGUCCUGUCUUGGCUGGGGAACAUGUUCGACUACCCACAACUGAGCUUUGAGAUAAUCUGUUCAUAUCUGUUCAUGCCAUUUUCUUUUAUGAUGGGAGUAGAUUGGGAAGACAGCUUUAUUGUUGGUGGGCUCCUUGGUUAUAAGACUUUCUUCAAUGAAUUUGUGGCUUAUGAACACCUUGCAAACUUGAUUAAACUACGCAAGAAGGGAGGACAAAUGUACAUCAAUGGUAUGAAACAGUACUUAAGUAUACGAUCUGAAACAAUUGCCACUUACGCGCUUUGUGGAUUUGCAAAUUUUGGUUCAGUGGGCAUGGUACUUGGAGCACUAUCAUCCUUGGCUCCCUCCAGGAAGAGAGACAUUGCGGGAGGAGCCUUCAGGGCCAUGAUUGCUGGCACUGUGGCCUGCUUCAUGACAGCUUGUGUUGCAGGUAUACUAUCUGAAAAUCCAUGUACAACGUUAUUACAAAGCAACUUCAGUGCGAAUGACAAUAGCACAGAAAUAGUUGCUUGCUGUUUAAACCUCUUUACCAGUGGCAACGGUUCUGCAGAGGUCUUCCCAAAAUCUAACAGCGGUUUAGGAUCCUUGCACCAAUGUUGCCAACUGCUGGGCCCAUCCAAGGUUAAUUGCAGCUUGGUCACUCCAUUAUCUUAAGCUGUUUCAUAGAAUUCAAAUUCAUGGUGAAUGAACAGAAAAGACAAGAUGGAAAUGGGGUGAUCUUGUUGCUAAUGUACACAAGGGAAAAAAACUUGUUUUCAUUUAAACUGGAGUGAUAGCCAUCUGCACCCUCUAUUUUCAUAAUGUUGCUGAUGAAGGACAUGUUGAUAUAUUUGUAAGGAGAAAAAAAAAACUUGCACACACUGUAUAUCACAAUUCACAUUUAAGAUUUUAAAAGACAUUUGAAUCUGAAAUGACUUCCAUCUUGGAUUUAUGGAAAUAACUUGACAACACAUCAUAAGUUAAAAAGUCUGGUUUGCACCAAUUCCCAGCUUGGAUCACGUCGAUGCAACAAGCCACUAAACUUGGUUAAAAUGCAGCCUGUGAUGCGAUAAGAUGGAGACAGGUUCCAUCACAUUAAUUCAAUUUGAACCCAUCAGAGAAAUAUUCAAUAAUUAUUUAAAAUGACUCUACGUUUGCUUAAUUUACACCUGUUUAGAUACCUAUCUUUGUUCUACUGAGAUAAGAUUGUUAUUUUAAUGUGAUCCUAAGAAUUAAGGAUCAGAAUGAAGCUGCUUCUUUUCCAUGUAUGGAGCUUAUUUCCAAAUCCAAGUCAGAAAACAAGCAACUAACAAACUAAUGGAACUCCGCUUUGGUGUUAUAGGAUAUAAUAACAGAAUUUCAAAAUCUUGCCAGAGUUUCCCUCUAGGCUCUCUUGUGCCAACAAAAUCAAAUCAGGGCUAUCUUGACUUUCUUUCCUACCCCUUCUUCUU